AUUGAAUAUAGAAAAUUCUUCUAUACCCGUCUCAGACAGUGCCUUAGCCCUAUCAGCUCCAAAUACUAAUGCUGGUUCAUCACGUCUUUUACGGCUUAGAAAAGAAUUGAGAAAUCUUGGUGUUUCAUUUGAGAUAAUCGAUGCUACAAAAUUUCCUGAAAUUACAAGAGAAGCUAAUGAAAUCCAGCAGAAUCGACAAAAAUUUGUUGAGGCAUUUGAAAGAAUUGAUUAUCCAGAUCAUUUUACGUUAGAAUCAGUUAAGAAAAGGUUAGAUAGUUAUGAUGUAUCUACUUUACCUGAUUUACAAGCUCUCGCAGAUGUUAUGAUAAUGCUCUGCAUUCGUCCAGCUGAAUUUACAUCUUUACGUAUUACAGAUACUGGAGUAGUAGGUUAUGCGAAGAAUCGAGGACAGCCAAAUAUACCUAGAAAAUUUAGAUCUAUGGAGAAGAAUCAAGAACGAGCUAAAAAACUACUCACUUGGAUACAGAAUGCUAUUUCUUCUAGUCAAAUGGGUGCUGUUUAUGGUGUAGUAGUACAUGAGGCUAAGAAUAUGGCCCACGCUUAUACAAUUGCUGGAGAAUGUCUACGUCACAAUCCUGACAACCAUACUUCUCCAGUACAAAAUUACGUUAUAGUGAAUUACAGGCCUAGGAAUACUUCACCUGAAUAG